GUUAUUAUUUUGAUGAGUUAAGUUCAGUUUGUUUGAAUUAUCGAGUGAUGUGUGGGAUGUUUAUAAACUGCACAGGGUUAUGAAUUUGUAGACUAUAGAGGUGAAAUUUUUUUAUCUGAAUGUUUUCUUAGUGACCUCAAAUGUGUGUUUGGAUCCUGGAUUAGUUGUGAUGAAAAUUUUAAAUAUUGUCGAUAUUUUGAGGGGCGUGACAGAGGUGGUAUCAGAGCAUGAUUUGAGAAUCACUAAGAAUAUAUUUUUUUUUUUUUAGGUUUAUUGACUAUCAUUUAGAGAUUGAUCAAAGAAAAUGUUCUUUUGAUGUUUUAGGAAGCAAGGAUGACGAGAUCAUCUGGGUCUCCUGUUGCAUCUACUGCUGAUCAAUUGAGUGGUAUCAUGCGGACUUUGGAGACUAUGGCACAAGUGAUGCAACAACAACAACAACCUGUCCUACAAGGAAGAAAUGAUGGAACAGGAACAUCAAACCAGACAGGGUUGGGAAUUGAACAGUUUAAGAAGCUUAGUCCUCCCAGUUUUAGUGGUGAGUCUGAUCCAAUGGUGGCAGAACGAUGGAUGAUGCAGAUAGAGAAAAUAUUUGAUGCCUUAAAUUACCCUGAUGAUCGAAAGGUUUUUCUUGCCACCUUUAUGCUGGAAGGAGAAGCUGAACACUGGUGGAGAAUGAUUAAGAGGAUGUCUGAAAUCAAACAUGAGCCAAUGACAUGGAAGUUAUUCCAAGAAAAGUUUAAUGAUAAAUAUUUUCCAGAUUGUAUGAUAGAGCAAAAUGAAUUGGAGUUCUUGAAUCUUAUCCAGGGAAGUAUGACGGUUACAAAGUAUGAAUCUAAAUUCACUGAGCUCUCCAGGUUUUCCAUACAUAUGACUGAUGAUGAAUCUAGGAAGGCAAGAAGGUUUGAAAGGGGAUUACGGCCAGCAAUAAGAAGCCGAAUGUCAGCUUUAAAACUACAAACAUAUGUAGAUACGGUAGAAAGAGCUUUGAAAAUUGAACGAGACAUGGAGGAAAUUCAAGAAAUCAUUGGCAAGAACAAAAAGGACAAAUUUACUAGCAAAAGCAGGAGAGAAAAUGAAUAUGAAGCUAGUAACAAGAGGUUUAAGACAUUUGGAUUUGAGAAAUGGAAACCAUUGCGGAGGACUCAGUCAUGUGCAAAAUUUGGAUUAAAUCAUGAAACAAGUCAGUGUUUUCGGGUGACUGGAGUCUGUUUUGCUUGUGGAAGGUUAGAUCAUCAAUUAAGAGAUUGCCCACUGAAAAGGAAGAAAGAGCCACUAUCUCCUAGACCCUCAGCCCAUGCUAGAGUGUACGCUAUCACUGAACAAGAUUCUAAGGCUUCUAAAUCAGUGGUGGAAGGAUAGCGUAUCGCUUGCUUAAAUGUUAAGAUUGGGCUGAGGCAAUGGAAAGUUAGAAGAUUUUGGGCAGAUCUGUGUUAGCAUAUAUGUAUUUGUUGUAUAAGCCACUCUGCAUCUAAUGAAAUGUUGACGAUGAAUCUAAACCUGUGGAUUUUGUGUAAGUUAAAGGAUCCCUCAUGUUUAGGAUUUUGGAAUGUUAAGUUAAAUUCAUGUAAUGAUACGAACUUAUGGUAAUCGAUGGUUUGGUGACUGCA